CUGGCUCCACGCUCCUACUCUCCCAACUGGCUCCACGCUCCUACUCUCCCAACUGGCUCCACGCUCCUACUCUCCCAACUGGCUCCACGCUCCUACUCUCCCAACUGGCUCCACGCUCCUACUCUCCCAACUGGCUCCACGCUCCUACUCUCCCAGCUGGCUCCCCCCUCUGACUCUCCUAGCUGGCUCCACGCUCCUACUCUCCCAACUGGCUCCACGCUCCUACUCUCCCAACUGGCUCCACGCUCCUACUCUCCCAGCUGGCUCCACGCUCCUACUCUCCCAACUGGCUCCACGCUCCUACUCUCCCAACUGGCUCCACGCUCCUACUCUCCCAACUGGCUCCACGCUCCUACUCUCCCAGCUGGCUCCACGCUCCUACUCUCCCAACUGGCUCCACGCUCCUACUCUCCCAACUGGCUCCACGCUCCUACUCUCCCAACUGGCUCCACGCUCCUACUCUCCCAGCUGGCUCCACGCUCCUACUCUCCCAACUGGCUCCACGCUCCUACUCUCCCAACUGGCUCCACGCUCCUACUCUCCCAACUGGCUCCACGCUCCUACUCUCCCAACUGGCUCCACGCUCCUACUCUCCCAACUGGCUCCACGCUCCUACUCUCCCAACUGGCUCCACCCUCCGACUCUCCCAGCUGGCUCCACGCUCCUACUCUCCCAACUGGCUCCACGCUCCUACUCUCCCAACUGGCUCCACGCUCCUACUCUCCCAGCUGGCUCCACGCUCCUACUCUCCCAGCUGGCUCCACGCUCCUACUCUCCCAACUGGCUCCACGCUCCUACUCUCCCAACUGGCUCCACGCUCCUACUCUCCAGCUGGCUCCACCCUCUGACUCUCCCAGCUGGCUCCACGCUUCUACUCUCCCAACUGGCUCCACGCUCCUACUCUCCCAGCUGGCUCCACGCUCCUACUCUCCCAACUGGCUCCACGCUCCGACUCUCCCAGCUGGCUCCACGCUCCUACUCUCCCAACUGGCUCCACGCUCCGACUCUCCCAGCUGGCUCCACCCUCUGACUCUCCCAGCUGGCUCCACGCUCCUACUCUCCCAACUGGCUCCACGCUCCUACUCUCCCAACUGGCUCCACCCUCCGACUCUCCCAGCUGGCUCCACGCUCCUACUCUCCCAACUGGCUCCACCCUCUGACUCUCCCAACUGGCUCCACGCUCCUACUCUCCCAACUGGCUCCACGCUCCUACUCUCCCAACUGGCUCCACGCUCCUACUCUCCCAACUGGCUCCACGCUCCUACUCUCCCAACUGGCUCCACGCUCCUACUCUCCCAACUGGCUCCACCCUCUGACUCUCCCAACUGGCUCCACGCUCCUACUCUCCCAACUGGCUCCACGCUCCUACUCUCCCAGCUGGCUCCACGCUCCUACUCUCCCAACUGGCUCCACCCUCUGACUCUCCCAGCUGGCUCCACGCUCCUUCUCUCCCAGCUGGCUCCACGCUCCUACUCUCCCAACUGGCUCCACCCUCUGACUCUCCCAACUGGCUCCACGCUCCUACUCUCCCAACUGGCUCCACGCUCCUACUCUCCCAGAUGA